AUGGCGUUGCUUUCCAAACCCGAGCCCAUCAGGGCAACAUCUCGAGCGGCUGCCGAGUCCGGGGCUCUAACGUUGAUUGCUGGUGUUUUCGUCCUUAGCUAUGGGCAUACCAAUUUCUUGGCUGUACUGUCAUUGCGGGACGGCGGCUUAGCAUUUAGCCGAACCUUAUGCUCCUCUGACAGCUGGCGCUGGUUAUUGCAGCAAUCCUACAACACUACAGCCCCUAGCCCUUUGGCAACGUUACGGGGUCUGGGCUUUCCAACAUCCUCAGUGCAUUUUCUCUGGGUCUUCUCUAUUAUCUUGGCGGAAUGGAAUUCGAUAGCAGUGCAAAGAUAUAUUCUGCGCUCCUGCUUCCGUCACCACUAUGUUUGUGUCCUUCGCCCUUUUAAAUCAACCGAAUAA